AUGAUAGACUCAGGCUCCGUCCGAAAGUGCGUCAAUUCUCCCAAUCUCGCUUCGUCUCCGUCGGGGGCUUACGAACGAAGGACUGGCUACAGGUUGGUCGGGCAUAAAUUGAUUCUCCAAUCGGGAUCCACCACUCCACAUGAGCCGUUCAGAUCCCCUCAUCCGGCACCCAGACUCUCAUUCUCAUCUCAUGUAGACAAUCAGACGGACACGUGUCGGCCGGCCGGUCUAUAA